AUGCCAAACACUGGCAAGCCAAGCCAGGACUGUCACCUCUGUCGCAAGCGACGGGUCAAGUGCGACCUCGCCCGCCCAGGCUGCCAGCGGUGCGUCAAGUACGGCGUCGAGUGCCCCGGCUACCGUGACCAGACCGAGCUCGUCUUUCGCAAUGCCGACCCCUCCACGGUGAGGAAGCGCAAGAAGCGCGUCGCCGAGCACGACGACGCCCAGUCGAGCCGCUCCGCCUCGCCCGGGUCCGGGUCCGGGUCCGGGUCCAGGUCCGCCUCUGCUGCGGGCUCCGGGACCCGCCCCGGCUCCGGUUCUUCGACGCCCUCCUUGUCCGUUUCCGCCGAUGAUCUCGAUGCCCCCUUCAUCUUCUCCGCCGAAUGCAAGGACCUCGUCCCGGCCUCCGAAUCGGCCCCCUGGCCGUCCUACAGGGCCGCCGUGCCAAAGUCCAUGGCUGAGCAUUGGACUUCGCAUUCCGUGCCCAUCCUGCUCAACGUCUACUCGACCCUCGACUUCCUCAACAACGCGUACCAGCAAAACCCACGCGACGGGCCCCUGGUCUGGGCCGCGCACCUCUUCUCCCGCACCUACGUCACCAACAUCCGCUAUCCGACAGCCGUAUACCGAAGCUCCGAGCUCGAGACGCAGCGCGAGCUCGGCACAUAUCUGGGCAAAACGCUGAGUACCGUCGCGGCGGCCCUCAAGGACCCCAAGGGCGCCUUUCGCGACGAUGUGCUCGCCACCGUUUGGAUAUUGUCCAACUACGAGCUUCUCGUGGGGUCACUGAGCCGCAUGGACUGUUUCAGCCCAUGGCAUCUACAUGCCCGAGGCUUGUACAGCAUCCUGAAGACGAGGGGAAUAGCACCCAUGUACACCGCCGAGGGACGCACCGCCUUCUGGCCCAGCUACAACAUGGUGCAAGUCCAAGCGCUCGUCAGCAACACCGAGUGCCCACCCGAGUCGGACGAGUGGCUAGGCAUUGUCCGAGAUACCCUGUAUAAGGAUGAGGCGUACACGCUGUAUGUGUCCGUCUUCGUCGUGACAUGCGCACGCGUCCAGGCGCGCAUGUUCACUAUUCUCAACACGCGAGACUUUGCUGCUGCCAACGCCGAGUUCCAGAUGCUCAUGGACGAGCUGGACCGCGCCGACGCAGAGUUCAUGCGGUCGGCGGCGGGCUUGCACGACACGGCGCAGGAGCUGGACGCGUACAUGCGCAACCUGUACCACUCGGCCGUGGUCAAGGGCUAUCACUACGUGCAAAUGAUGGCCAACUUCCUGACGCACUAUGCGCAAAGCGAGCUGACGCGGGAGGAGCUGCGGGCGCGGCGGGACGCGUGCGUGGAGAAGACGCAGCUGGCGGCGCAAGAAAUCCUCAACAGCGUGCCGUGGAUCCUGGGCCCGCUGGCGUCGGGCAAAGACAAGUCGCCGAGGGUGCUGUUCGACGCGCUCAAGAUGGUGUGGCCGCUGACGAGCGUGUACGUGGUGUCGACGACGCUGCCGGAGCAGCGGGAGGGCGCCGAGGUGGCGCUCGUCUUCAUCGGCAAGGAGGUGGGCGUGCGGCAGGCGCUCAAGACGUACCCGGGAGCCAUCUCGCUUUUGCCGCCCGAGGCGCUCCGGCCGCUGGGGGCGGAGGGCACAGGACGAAACGUCGUGGACACGUCGUGGACGGCGGUGGCUUGA